GUUCAGGCAAGAAUAAAAGGAAAGUAGACACCAGGAUAGUACUACUACAAUAUUCCUCAUUUGAAGAUCCAAGACAGAUAUUCUCCCUCUCUUCCUCCUCUCACUCUCACUCUCACUGCACCAAAUGGAAUAUGAAUGUACUCCUCUUGCCUGGGAAUUCUACUACCAAGAAGAGGGGUUAGAAGACUUGAAACAUUCUCUUCUGUACACAACCUUGGAGCUAGAAGCAACAAUUGCAUCAGCUAAGGAGGAGAUUACCAGAAGAGAAUGUGAUUUGAUCCAUGUCAAUGACCUUUUGAGCAGGGUCACCAAGGAGAGAGACGAAGCUCAAGCAAAAUGCCAGAAGCUAAUGCUGGAAAAACUUGAGCUCCAACAAGAACUUCAGCAGAAGCAGCAGGUGGAACAUCAUCAGCACCAGAACCAGAAGCAGCAACAACAACUUGGUCAGACAAAUCAAAGAGACACCUCAUCACAGAGUGAAGAGGAGCUGCAAGAAGGGUUCUCUGAAAAGCAUUGUAUGGCAGCUGCUUCUUCUGACUGUGAAGAAAACAGCAUGCCUUCUUCUGGUGGAAGUUCAACCCCACAUCCAACACCACUGCAAGUAGUCCUUGAAUUGGCAGAAAAGAAAGCAUUGCCUGAAAAAGGAAAACUCUUAAAGGCAGUGGUGGAAGCUGGACCACUGCUUCAGACCCUUCUCUUGGCUGGACCACUCCCACAGUGGCAGCACCCUCCUCCACAGCUCAACUCCAUUGAGAUCCCUCCUGUGGCCAUUUCACCACAAGACUCUUCCAAAACCACUUUCCCUUUCAACAAGAAGAGGGACCUUCUCCUCUCUCCACCCUCUGAUUGUCCACUUUCAAAGAGUAGAAAGGUCAUCACUCAGCACUUGCCAACACCUACCACUGCUUCACAUCAUUCCCUAUCACACCCAUCAUUUUCAUAAUGCUUUCAUCUGCAUACCAAAUCACACUCAAACAGGUGUCCAACUGCAUCACCUCACCUUUGUCCUCUUAUCAGCAAACUCUGACCUACUUUUCUAUGCUGGGAAAAAAAAUAUCUUGAUUUUAGUGUUUAAAAUUUUCUUUUCUCUAAUCUUAUCUUGUUAUGUAUAUAUGAGAGCUGAGUUCUCACAAAAUUGAUGGGAAUUAAGUAGCCUCCUUCAUGUUAUGACACAGUUUUGUACUUUGGUAGAUAGAUAUUAGAGGGUGAUGUAAUGUAACCAGGCUUCAAAUGGCUUAAUUUUUAAUUUAAGGCUGUUGUUGUACUA